AAAUUUGUGACAUACGUCCACUCGCGGAGUCUACCACAGAGUUUGAGAGAGUCUCCUCGCUAUCUUGUGGAUGCAGUUGUUUGUGGAGUGCGUGCGUUUGAUGGGUUACCUUUUAUGGUGAUUCAAGUAACAAGAAAACAUUGGUCAAACUUGUGAUGCCUUAAUAGCAGAUUGAAAAAGAAGCUUCGAAAAAAAAAAUGCUUGGCAGCUCAGGAUGGAUUCUAACACUAGCGAUAGUUAUAUCGUUAGCAAACGCAAAUUAUCCACCACCACAGAGACUGACAGGAAUGAAUCCCUGCAUCAGUAAACAAACCUGUCAUGAAUGCAUUCAGACACCUCAUUGUGCUUGGUGUGCUGCGCCAAAAUUCUCUGAAAAGCGGUGUUUUCUACCAAAUAUAAAUACCAAAAUAUUUGCAACAUGUCCGGCAGAAUACACAUGGAACCCGGAUAAUGUUUUCAGUAUGAUGAAACAUCGCAAUUUAACAAAGGGUGGCUAUAGUAGCAGUGGUACCAGUAGUUAUGAGUAUUCGUACUCCAAUUCUAGCUCAUUUAGCUCUAGUUCACAAUCAACUAAAGAAAGUAGUAGCAGCAGUAGCAGUAAAAGGCAAGAAGCUGUACAAAUUUGGCCUCAAGAAGUUAAUUUAAAACUUAGAAUAAAUGAAGCAUACAGAAUGAAUUUUGCCUAUUCACAAGCCGAAGAUUAUCCUGUUGAUCUGUAUUAUCUUAUGGAUCUGAGUAAAUCUAUGGAAGACGAUAAGAAAAAAUUAUCAGAUUUAGGUCAACUUUUAGUAGAAAGUAUGAGUAAAAUUACAAGUAAUUUCAGAUUAGGCUUUGGCAGUUUUGUUGAUAAGGUUGUAAUGCCUUACGUAAAUACAAUGCCAAAGUCGUUAAUAGAACCAUGUGAUGGAUGUGCAGCACCAUAUGGUUAUAAAAACAUUAUGACAUUGUCUCAAGACACUAGUCAUUUUGCAAGCUUGGUGCGUAAUGCUUCAGUAUCUGGUAACUUAGAUGCACCGGAAGGAGGAUUUGAUGCAAUUAUGCAAGCUAUUGUUUGUAGAAGACAAAUUGGUUGGCGUGAAAAAGCUCGUAGACUUUUGGUAUUUUCUACGGAUGCUGGUUUUCAUUAUGCAGGAGAUGGAAAAUUGGGUGGAAUUAUAAAACCAAAUGACGGUGAAUGUCAUUUAGAUGGCACUGGACUCUACACGCAUUCUUCUUUACAAGACUAUCCAAGUAUUUCUCAAAUUAACUUAAAAGUCAAACAAAACGCUAUUAAUGUUAUAUGGGCUGUUACUGAAGAACAGAUAAACAUAUACAAAAGGCUAACUAAUCAUGUGGAAGGAUCUUUUGCUGGCAAAUUAUCCGAUGAUUCAAGCAAUGAUUGUUCAGGACGAGGAACUUGCGCUUGUGGUCAAUGCGAGUGUGAAGAAAGAGAAAAUCCUAAAGAAAUAAUAUCAGGUCAUUUCUGUGAGUGCGAUAAUUUCUCAUGCGAUCGAGAUCAAGGUGUGUUGUGCUCGGAUCAUGGAACUUGUGAAUGUGGACAAUGUGUCUGUCAUGGUGGUUGGUCGGGACCAUCCUGCAAUUGCAAGUCUUCUAAUGAAACUUGUAUUCCACGUGGUACUAAAAGUGGAAUAUUGUGCUCGGGACAUGGAGAUUGUGUGUGCGGCGAAUGUAUAUGCCACGAAGAAGGAAAUAUACGAUAUUCUGGAAAAUUCUGCAAUAAUUGUCCGACCUGUCCAAGUCGUUGUGAAGAGUUGAAAAAUUGUGUCUUGUGUCAGAUGUAUGGUACUGGAAACUUUAGUGAUAAAGAAGAAUGUGCUAAAAACUGCAAAGAGUUUGUUCCGGAGCCAGUUGAAAUAGUUAUACAAGAUGUUGAUAAAAAUGAAGAGUUAUGCUUUGGAAUAGACGAGGACGAUUGUAAAUAUAAUUUUGUUUCCUAUUAUGACGAAACAAACUGUUUAAAAGUACGUGCACAGAAAGAAAGAGAAUGUCCGCCGCAAGUUUAUAUGUUGGGCAUAGUACUAGGCGUAAUAGCAGCAAUUGUUUUAAUUGGACUUGCACUGCUACUUUUGUGGAAAUUACUAACAACUAUACACGAUAGAAGAGAGUUUGCUAAAUUUGAAAAGGACAGAAUGAUGGCCAAAUGGGAUACAGGAGAAAAUCCAAUUUAUAAGCAAGCUACGUCGACGUUCAAAAAUCCAACAUAUGCUGGAAAAUGAAGAAGGUAAUCCAUAUUGAAUAAAGCAAGCACAACCAUUACAUUACGGUAAAUUUUGUUUUUUAUACAAAUUUUAAACUGGUUAAUAUUUAAACGGCAAACGAUGAACUCUAUCGUGCAGAGGAGCAAGCUUCAGCAGUAAAUUAGUCUAGUUUUUAAUAUUGUACUUCGUAAGUAUUUAAUGGAAACUAAUGUAGUAUGAUAUUUUAUCAAAUUAUCCGUUAAGUAUGAUAUUAUAAUACUGCCAUAUAACUUAGACUGCUAUGUACGAAUAUAUGUAUGUAUGUAUGCAUGAUGUGUGUAUGCGAGUGAGUGUAAUUUAUAUGCAAAGAAUAAUUUUUAUGCGACGGAAAACUGUAACGAAGAAAUGAAUAUCCGCAUGAAACAUACGGUACCAUAAUGAACUAAAGAUUUACAGUUUAUCUUACUAUGCAUUUUAUAUACAAGUGCCUUUCUUCUCACGAUACAAAAACUGAUAUCAUUUUUUAACACUUUUUUCAGUCUAAAAUUUCUGAAAAAUGUUAUUAAUUUAGAGAGCUUUUAGUUAAGCUCUUUAAAUUGUUUAUAUAGAGUAUAAUGAAUUUUUUUCAUUAAGAUACUUAUCAAGACUUUUUAUAGAUUAAUACAUUUCAAA